CUUUAUAUUUCAAGCCCUUGUAAUUUGGCGGGUUUUUGCGACACGCUACAGUGGUGUGGCGCGGUGUGUAUGCAAAACCGUCUAGUCGAAUGGCGUUCCAAGAUACCCUGACGUGUAUACUUUUAAUUUGGCUUAACUUUAUUAACGUAAGCAGUUUUGAGACAUUUAAAGGACACAAACGAUUUAAUUCAGUGGGCUCUUUUAACAAAAGAGCAAUGGAGUCACAUGAUACAAAAUCUACAGCACAAGUUGGGCGUCUUCUCAUUUCUCAACCUUCAAAUUAUAACAUUGAUGGUGACCUCAACUCUCCCAAUCGACCCCACAACUACGAGAACGCAUAUCAUUCAGGUGAUGCAGGCUGGAUGAAUAUGCAGCCACUUUGGGGGCAGGAUUACGGUCUGAACACCUUGAACGUGCCAGCAGUGGAUAGGCUACUUGGAAUGAGACCAAAGGUUGAUUGUGAUGGAGAUUUGAUGAAACUAAUAGUUCAUGGAAGUGCUGCGUCUUUAGGGUCCAACUUUCUUAUUGACCGAGGAGGCAUUUCGCCGCUUCCUUUGUCACAGUUACCUUCCGAAUGUGGCCAUACAUUGCUAAGAACAUGGAGGGACUUUGUUUUCAUCAUACCAUUUAAUGGAUGUUACGUAUCUCAUGAGAGAGACAUGCACAUACUUCCGUUACUUUGGUGGGGACUGCCUAUAAAAAUGUCUUGUUCUUCACCGACCUUGGCACAAAGUACCCCAGCUGUGUCUUGCUACACUAACGGCAUGAUUGUGAAGCUACCGAGAGACACAUCUAUGACGCUGAAGGUCAAAGUGAUGAAUGAAUGGCUUUCUUUAAUGAAAGCAUCAGCUAAAUGUGGAUACAGCUUGGUGUCGCAUCCAGACAGUGUUGCCAUUCAUGCCCCAUAUAUGCCAUGCACUGAAGCAAAGGAUGGGAUGUUCACGCUCAGCAUGGCAGCAGAGAGAGCAUUUAAUCUAUCUUGUCCAGCAUUGUCACUCAGUCUUCCCAUGAUUGAGUCUGAUAUUUCUAUACCACACACUCCUGUUUCGCCAACUCUUGCUCCCGCCACCACCGCUAGCAGUACAACUUCUCAGCCAACAGUCACAACAAGUUCAACCAUGCAGCCAUAUUUUAAGCCUGUACCUCCUAAAUACCCUUUUCUAAUUUUUCAACCUAUUGUCCCACCAUCAGUUGUUCCUCAGUAUCCUAAAGUUGUUGCCCCUUUGCCUGUUACCCAGUCGCCUGUUCAACCAAAACCUUAUGACCCCAAACCACCUCAAAUUUGGUACCCAUGGUACCCCAAGCCCACUCAGAGUUUACAGCCAAAAUACCCAGUAAAACCUGUUCUGCCUCCAACUAAGGCUCCUAAACCCCCUCAAAUUCCCAUGGAUCCCCGAUUAAAACCUACAAGUAUUCCUCAUGUGAAAGUCACACCUGUGGCCCCUUUUGUGAAAUGGGUGCCCAUGUAUCCUCCUAGCAAACCGGUGUAUCCAAGAAAACCUGACGUUGUUGAUACCCCCUUAGAGGCCUAUCAAGUCCCCCACUGGCUUUAUCCUCCCCAAUUCUGGCCAAAACCUGAUAUGCCACCUCAAUCAAAACCCUCUAAACCGGAGUCUGCACCACCCAUACCCAGCCCUACAAGAAAGGCAGAACCAGUUAAAUUCCUUCAUGUUCCAUUGUAUGAACCCUUCCCACAGCCUAGUUUAGAAAUUCCACCUGUUCCUACAAAAGUACCGCAGGUUACUACAGUGUCCCCUUCACAUACUAAAGCUGCAAAGCCACCUUCCAAGCAUCCUGAUUCCCCUGUUAAGGGCCCUCCUAGCAUGCACUUUGAUUUUGCUCCAGACACUUCCCCCAGCCCUGCACCUUGCAAAAUUCAUGAUAAAGUUAUUCACGCCCCUACCCCUACAAAGGCUCCCAAGGUUCAAUUUAAUUUAUCUUGUGCACAUUCUUUUCACUGUCCAACAUGUUGCCCUGGGCCCCCUUCAGUAUCCUACCACCAUCACAGCCAUCACCAUUUUGGUCAUCCUUUUCCUCCGCCUUAUCAUGGCUCUAGUCUUACUAAAAUUACAGCAGAAAUUCAGUCCCCUCUUGUUCAACCCUCCAGUUCAGCCUCUGCCCUAUUUCCAUUUAUUAAGGGCACUGGUUAUUAUAGCCCAUAUUUUUCAGAAAGUGUAGUUGUGCCAUCAGCAGUGCAAGAUUUGGUACCAUUUGAGAGUCCCUUCAUCAAGUCUACCCAUGAUAGUUCAAAGCUUUGGGCAAGACCUACAGUAUAUCCUUACAUUUUUAGGACAUUGCCAUCAGAUGCCGCCUCACCUCAGUUUGCAAUGAAACCGAAACCUGCAAUUGUUCCAUCUAUCGCAUUAUCACAGGAGCCUACCAAGCGGCUUUCUGGAUCUUUACAAAAUGCACCAAUUGCAGAUCCUGUUCAAACCCUAAAGCCAGCCAUUUACCAGGCUGAGACGCAGCAGUAUGUUCCCCAAUGGGGACAUCAUAUGCCCAUGUUUGUUGGUCCAAACAAUGUUGAACCAUUUUUUCAAAGUGAGCAUGAGGUUUCUUCAAACCCCACAAUGCCUCCAGCUUAUGACAAUGUACCCAUGAAUUACUGGUAUCAAGGUUCAUAUGCACUUCCCAUGUCUGAUGCUCCUGCAGAAAUCUCCUUAAAACAAACAUCAAGACGUCUUCCAUUAAAUAAUGAUCGGAAUCCACUGCAGCAGUCAACCACACCGCCUCAACCCACAACGACUCAUGACCCAAAACAGUUGAAUGUUUAUCGCUCAAUGCAGAUUCGCAAAUCUGUCCCAACGCUAACUCAGCUGUACGACCCUCAAAAUGGAGAACCUUCAAUUUUUAGAGGGACAGGACCAUUUAACAGUUACUGGGUUCCUGUUGUUCAGUCAAAAGAGAAAGCUGUACGCUCUACCCAUCAACCAGAUGGUCCUCCGAUGGGUCCACUGCAGUCUAUCUUUAGGCACUUGAAAAAACUGAAGCAGCGCUAACUAAUAAAAGUUUAUAAGUGAA